AUGUCCAUUUUGAUGUCCUUGGCCUCUGAAUUAGACUCAGAUGUAUCCAGCAUUGAUAACACAACACACCUGGAAGGAGUUUAUUAUGUGCACGAGACCAUUCCAAUGAAUAGCACAGUACAGAUCAUCACCGAUGAGUUUCUGUGUAGUAAGCGAACUGAGGAUGGAAAUAAUCUUGACCUUUUGGUCUCUAUCACGUCAUCAUAUAUCGGGUCAAAGUUCGACAUAAGUAUAAGAAAAACCAGUGCAAGUUGUCAGAUGGGCAAAGUUUUGUAUGUUCUUCGUGCUAACAAUAAGGAAGCCGUGAAUGAAGUGUUAAGAGGUCAUAUUAACGGAUUACUUGGGACAGAUCUCUCUAACAGUGUUGUGGCCAGUUUUAAAAACCUAACAAAUCUAGAUAUUUUACUUUCAGUGCAAUUUGAAAUGAACAUCAAAGCUAUAACAGAAUACAGAGAGAUUUAUGUUCCAUUUCAAGGAAUUGGGAUUUGUUCUCUGGAUUUUACUGAAGUCAACACUCAUAUGCUCUCUUCGGUAUUAUAUAUAAUAGGGACCACAAUGGUUAUACCAUACAUCGUGAUACUUGUGUGUGGUAUUGGAGUGGCCAUGAAAUAUCACAGCGGCAGGCAACACAACCAUCUGGAAGAUAACACGUAUCUCAAGGUUCUGUACGUUUGUGGAUUUACCAGCAUGGUAUUCUGUGUACCCUAUUACGUCACGAAUUUCUUAAACGCAAAAGGUUUGCUCAUUUCUGUUAGUGCGAACUUCUUCAGUACAAUGCUUUUUUACAUGACUCCUAUGUGUGUUGCGGGGCCUUAUAUGUUUUGUAGACUAACAGAAAUUAAUUUUUCUCAAAAACUGCUGUUCACAAGAAAGAAAUCAACAUUAAGUGCUAAUAGCGAUGAAACUAUAUCUAGUGCAAUAAAGCUAGAGGCGUUAUAG